CGAACGAAUAGUUCAGAAGACAAUAGAAUCGUCGAUUUAUUUCCUCACUUAAGUUACAGAAACGGUUUUUCGAAAAACAGUUAAGAUCUGCACUUUUAACCCAAACCGUUUAUGUUUCCUCAUGGAAUAUUGUUUCCGACCUAAUUUACUUAUAUUCAGUAAAGUAUCUAUACCAUAAGCAAAUUGUUGAAUUAUCCAUUUCGAAGAUGGCGUCACCACGAAAAACGGAUAAGGUGAUUGAAAUACAAGAUGGGACGAUUAAGGCACGUGAUGGGACGAUUGAGCGCGGGGUGGGACGAUUGAGGUAUGGGGUGGGAGGAAUGAGGUGCAAGUUGGGACGAAUGAGGCGCGGGAUGGGACGAUUGAAGCGCAGGGUGGGACGAUUUAGGUAUGGGGUGGGAGGAAUGAGUUGCAAAUUGGGACGAUUGAGGUACAGGGUGGGAGGAAUGAGGUGCAAAUUGGGACGAUUGAGGCACGGGAUGGGACGAUUGAGGCGCAGGGUGGGACGAUUGAGGUAUGGGGUGGGAGGAAUGAGGUGCAAGUUUGGACGAUUGAGGCGCAGUGUGGAACGAUUGAGGAAAGAGGUGCAAGAUGGGACGAAUGGGACGCGGGGUGGGACGAUUGAGGCGCAGGAUGGGACGAUUGAGGUAUGGGAUGGGAGGAAUGAGGUGCAAGUUGGGACGAUUGAGGCGCAGGGUGGGGCGAUUGAGGCGCAGGGUGGGACGAUUGAGGUUUGGGGUAGGAGGAAUGAGGUGCAAGUUGAAACGAUUUGGGCAUGGAAUGGGACGAAGGAGCGCGGGGUGGGACGAUUGAAGUAUGGAGUGGGAGGAAUGAGGUGCAAGUUUGGCCGAAUGGGACACGGGAUGGGACGACUGAAGCGCAGGGUGGGGCGAUUUAGGUAUGGGAUGGGAGGAAUGAGGUGCAAGUUGGGACGAUUGAGGCACGGGGGCGAUUGA